AUGCAAACUACUCUCACAUCUGAAACGAUUAGCAAUGCAUCAGUGCCGGAAACAACUAUGGACACUACACCAAUUUCUGAUAGCACCCCCAUUACAACAACAACUGAUACCACCACUACUACAACAACUACUGAUAGUACCAUCAGCACAACAACUACUGAGAGUACCACCAGCACAACAACUACUGAGAGUACCACCAGCACAACGACUACUGAGAGUACCACCAGCACAACGACUACUGAGAGUACCACCAGCACAACGACUACUGAGAGUACCACCAGCACAACGACUACUGGUACCACUACCACUACAACGACAACUGACACUACUACCACUACAACAACUACUGAUAGUACCACUACCACUACAACGACUACUGAUACCACUACCACUACAACGACAACUGACACUACUACCACUACAACAACUACUGAUAGUACCACUAGCACAACGACUACUGAUACCACUACCACUACAACGACUACUGAUAUCACUACCACUACAGCGACAACUGAUACUACCACCACUACGAUUACCCCUGAGACGACGAUAACAACGGAAAGCAUCCGAACAACAACUGUAUCAAAAACCACAACAACAACAAGAACGACCGCAACAACAGCAACAACAAGAACGACAGCAACAACAGCAACAACAAGAACGACAGCAACAACAGCAACAACAAGAACGACAGCAACAACAGCAACAACAAGAACGACAGCAACAACAGCGACAACAAGAACGACAGCAACAACAAGAACGACAGCAACAACAAGAACAACAGCAACAACAAGAACGACAAUAACAACAGCGACAACAAGAACGACAACAACAACAACAGCGACAACAAGAACGACAACAACAACAGCGACAACAAGAACGACAACAACAACAGCGACAACAAGAACGACAGCAACAACAGCGACAACAAGAACGACAGCAACAACAGCAACAACAAGAACGACAACAACAACAUCAGCAACAACAUUGACAACAACAACAACAUCGACAACAAGUAUUGUCAUACCAACACCUAGCAUGUCAUCGACUACGAGAAGUAGUACAUCAGCAACAGGUAAGAUUGAAAAACAUUAUCAUACUACGUAG